AUGGUUUCCUUCAAAAUAAUCUCCAUAUUCCUUAUGGUUCUCCCACUUUUUCCCUCAUUUCCCCCCAAGUGUGGAGCUUCAGCUUCUUCUGAAGAGGCUGCUGCUCUUUUGAAAUGGAAAGCCAGUUUUCAGAACCAGAACAAUAGCAACCUAACCACAUGGAACCUUCAAUCCACCAACGCCAAAAAUUCGUCUAUCCUUCCAUGCACUUGGGCUGGUAUUUCCUGCGUUGACGGAAGUGUCAACAAGUUGAACCUCUCAGAUUGGGGUAUUAAAGGUAACCUCUAUGAUUUCCCAUUUUCAUCCCUCCUAAAUCUUGAGUAUCUUGAUCUCAGCCUGAAUCAGAUCUUUGGCAGUAUACCUAAACAAAUAGGUAACCUGUCGAAGCUCAUUUAUCUUGACUUCAGCGCUAAUGAUUUGUCACAAGAAAUCCCACCUGAUAUUUGCAACUUGAGAAACUUGACUUUUUUACUUCUUGCAAGGAAUCAACUUACAGGUCCAAUUCCCCCUGCUAUCGGGAAUCUAAUCUCACUUCAAUUUCUUUCCUUGUCUCAAAAUAAUCACACUGGUGCAAUCCCAAAGUCACUAGGAAAUUUAACCAAUUUAAUUGUGCUGUAUCUCCGAGAAAAUCAACUUUCGGAUUCAAUUCCAAAGGAAUUGGGUGAUCUAAAUUUCCUUACCGAUAUGAUCAUAAGUCAGAAUCAACUUAAUGGUUCGAUUCCUUUUUCAAUUGGAAACUUGAGUAACUUAAGAACACUGUUUCUGAGAGAAAACCAAUUUUCUGGUACCAUUCCACAAGAGCUUGGAAAGCUGAAUAAGUUGGUUGUUUUGGAAUUGGAUCAUAAUCAGUUCUCUGGUCCAUUGCCAGAAGUACUCUGUCAAAAUGCAACACUUCAGAACAUUACUGUCGGUAUGAACAUGCUUACUGGUCCAAUCCCUAGAAGCUUGCAACACUGCCCAAGCUUAAUUAGGGCCUGUUUCGACGGUAACAGUUUCCAUGGAAACUUGUCAGAAAUGUUUGGAAUCUAUCCAUUUCUAGAUUUCAUGAAUCUCAGCAACAAUGAAUUCUAUGGAGAACUCUCCAGCAACUGGGGUAAAUGCAAACUUUUGAAAACCCUGAUGGUUGCAAAGAACAGCAUCACAGGUGGCAUACCUCUAGAAAUUGGAAAUUUAACUCAACUACAUGCUCUUGAUCUUUCUUCAAAUUAUUUGUCAGGGGAGAUACCAAGGGCAGUUGGUAAGUUAGCUUCCAUGCUUAAACUAGAUUUACAUGACAACCAACUUGCUGGUGGUAUACCUCAGGAAUUGGGACUGCUAAUGGAAUUUCUAGAUCUGUCCACAAACUCCUUGAGUGGAGGUUUACCAGAACUUUUGGGAGAUUUGAAACACUUGUUUCACAUGAACUUGAGCAACAACGUUUUAAGUCAAAAGAUUCCGCCACAGAUUGGGAAGUUAAUCCAUCUUUCUGAAUUGGAUUUGAGUCAAAAUCUCUUCAUAGGAGGGAUACCAUUUGAGUUUCAAAAUUUGCAGAAUCUAGGGACACUAAAUCUCUCCCAGAAUAACCUCUCUGGUUUGAUCCCAAAGGCUUUAGCAGAAUUGCCUGGUUUAUUGCACGUUAAUCUUUCUUUUAAUAAUUUGGAGGGUCCAAUUCCGAGUGGUAGAGCCUUUGUGAAUCUAACGUUAGAAGAAGUAAAGGGAAAUGAAGCUUUAUGUGGCAAUAUUACAGGGUUACGAGCGUGUGAAAGUUUCCCUUUGAUCAGAAAGCACGUCAAGGAUAAAAGGAAGGAACUUGUUCUCAUAAUUGUAAUACCUCUACUGGGAUCAUUCAUACUUCUUGGUGCAUUCUCUGGCGUUCUUAUAUUGCAUGAUCAAAUAAAAAAAUAUUCAAGAAAGGAAGACAUGGAGGUGAAGAAGGGCGGAUUAUUUGCCAUAUGUGCUUUUGAUGGCAAAGCAUUGUAUAAAGAAAUCUUGAAGUCUACAGAAGAGUUCAGUGAAAUAUUUUCUAUUGGGAAAGGAGGUUAUGGAAGUGUUUACAGAGCACAGCUUCCAUCAGGUGAUGUAGUAGCUGUAAAGAGACUUCACAACAUGCCUAAUGUGGCAAAGGAUAGAAGUUUCUUGAAUGAAAUCAGGGCCUUGACAGAAAUCAAGCAUCGCAACAUUGUGAAACUCUUUGGCUUCUGCUCAAAUGCUCAGCAUUCGAUUUUGAUUUAUGAAUACUUUGAAAGAGGAAGCUUGGCCAAAAUCUUGAGCAUGGAAGAAGAAGCUAAGGAACUAGACUGGCAAAAGAGGUUGAAAAUCAUCCAAGGAGUCGCUCAUGCUUUAUCUUACAUGCAUCAUGAUUGUUCACCAGCAAUUAUUUUGGCACUUCCAAGUGUCUGCAAAAAGACUCUUCUAAUUGGAGUUCUCUUGUAG